AUGUGGUCUUUCUCACAGCAAAGCUUCUUCAUCCCCACACCAACCCUUCUUAACCCAAAUUUCAGGAACAGCAGGAAAACCGUGGUCGUCCACUGCAGCUGCUCACAGCCACAACAACAACAAUCUCCAACUCCAUUAAGUAAUUGGAACAAGAAUGAGAACAAGUUAGGAAAACUAGCAUUGAUUGCAAUGGCUGCUAGUGUGUUAACAUAUAGAUCAGUUCAUGAUGCAUCAGCCGCCAAAACUGGUGGCAGAAUUGGUGGCCAGGCUUUCAAAUCAGCCUGGCCAAGAAUCAACGAUGACAUUUCCGGGUCUGACUGUUUUAUGCCAGACUAUGAUCAUGUGCUUGGAUUCUCUCUAUGUUAUUUGUUUGGUCUACUUGUAUCCCAAGCAAUUGGAGGUGUAUUCACUGAUAUAUUUCUGAUUAUGCAUCUUGCUGCUGGUGCUGCUGUUGUUUGGAGGUGGAUUCGAUUAGAAACUUCUGUUUAUGCUUCUUGA